AUGUCUGAGAUUCUGCGUGCAAAGGUCAAAGUGGCACUCGUGCAGCUGGCCGGGUCAUCCGCCAGCAAGGCGGCGAACCUGGCGCGCGCCGGGCAGUUCAUAGAGCGCGCGAUGACGGAGCAGCCAGACACGGGGCUGGUGGUGCUGCCGGAGUGCUUCAACGCGCCGUACGAGAUUGGCAAGUUCCGCGAGUUCGCGGAGGUGGCGGCAGAGGGCCCGGAGUCGCCGUCGGUGGGCUUCCUGGCGGGGCAGGCGCGGCGGUGGGGCGUGACGCUGGUGGGCGGGACGAUCCCCGAGCUGGAGCCGGACACGCAGCGGGUCUACAACACGUGCCUGGUGUUCGACGGCAAGGGCGCUCUAGUCGGCAAGCACCGCAAGGUGCACCUGUUCGACGUGGACAUCCCCGGCAAGAUCACGUUCACAGAAAGCCGGACGCUGGCCGCGGGGCGGCACGUGACCCAGGUGGACACGCCGGCUGGCGCGCUCGGCGUCGGCGUGUGCUACGACCUGCGCUUCCCGGAACUGGCCAUGGUGUGCGCGCGGCGCGGCGCGUACGCAAUGGUGUACCCCAGCGCGUUCAACACGACGACCGGGCCGCUGCAUUGGCACCUGCUCGCCCGCGCGCGCAGCGUCGACAACCAGAUCUACACGCUGCUGUGCUCGCCCGCGCGCGUCGCCGGCGCGUCGUACCAGGCGUACGGCCACUCGCUCGUCGUCGACCCCACCGGCCGCGUCGUCGCAGAGGCCGGCGAGGGUGAGGAGAUCCUGUACGCGACGCUCGACCCCGCGGAGCUCGACUGGGUGCGCCGCGCCAUCCCCGUCACGCGCCAGCGGCGCUUCGACGUCUACGCGGACGUCGCGGCCUCCUCCCCUUAG